GGGGCCCCCCGGGGGCCCCUGGAGGGGACCCUAUUGAAGCAGCUUUCUUCUGUCGGGUUGUGCUUCUGCACACGGGGGCCCCCGACUGCUGCUGGGAGGCCCCUGCGGAGGCUGAGGGAGCAGCAGAAGCAGCAGCAGCAGCAGCAGCAGCAGCAGAAGGCACGCCGCUGCUGCUGCAGCAGCAGGACGGGCUGGACUUGGACUGGAAGCCGCAGCAGCAAAAGGGCCCCUCUGCAGUCUUCUCGGGGCGCUUAAGCAGCAGAAGCAAACAAGACACUGCAGCAGGGGGGCCCCCCGGAGAGAAGGGGCCCCACACCUCUUUGCUGCUGCAGCAGCAAAAGCAGCAGGCGCUGCUGCAGCAAGCCCUUCAAGAGGGGGGCCCCGGGGUGACUUUGGGGGAACUUUCAGAGGCAGUGAGAGCUGCCCUGGGGCUGAGGGACCCCAGCCAUGCGCAGCAGCAGCAGCAGCAGCGGCAGCAGCAGCAGCAGCAGCAUCAAAUAGAGCGCACCCAGACCCUGCUGAGGUGGGCCCUCAAAGUGCUGCAGCAGCUACACCAAGAAGAGGGGGCCCUAGAGGAUCUCCUUUUGCUGCUGCAGCAGGACAGCCCCUGUUUGCUGCAGGGGCCUCUGCAGCAGGACUCAGAAGCUGCAGCAGCUGAUACGUUUUCAGUAGAGACAGGAGCGCAGCUUUCUUCUGCUGCUGGCAGCAGCCUAAUGGGGGUCCCCCUAGGGGGGCCCCCCAAUGGGGCCCCCCUGCUGCCUGCAGCAGAGGCUGCCAGCGUGGGGCCCCCCGUGGCAGCAGCUGGGGGUCCCGUGGAGCCCCCACGGGGGCCCCCUAUUGAAAGGGGGCCCCCAGGGGCCCCCGGGGCCCCCGACCUGUGCAGCACAAGUUCUUCAAUGGCAGCAUCUUCAGUAUCUUCGGAAUCUGAUGAAGAGAGCAGCACUGCAGAAGGGGGCCCCCUGUACCCUGUUUUGGGGGCCCCCGGGGCCCCUGGGGGCCCCCCCGGCCUGAGGAAGAAGAGAGGCCCCAAGUGA